GGGCGGGUCCUCACCGGCCCGCCCCAGCCCUGCACUAGGGUUUGGCGUGUCUCGGCCAUUGCUGGGCUCCCCGCCUCGUCUUCCAGGCAGCAACGUCUCGCUGCAGGGCCAGCGGGGGGAGAAGGCGCCGGCGGGUGCUUGAGCUCGCCCGGGACAAAGCGGAAGGGGAGGCGGGUCCCGGCAGCAGCUGCAGCCCCGCGCGAGGCGGACUCCGCGAGCCCCGCUGCUUCUUCCUCGGCCCGCUCCGCCGGCAGCCCCAUGGCCGCGGCCCCGCUGGGCGGCGCCGCCGGGAGCCUGCUGCAGUUCCUGAGGCUGGUGGGGCAGCUCAAGAGAGUACCACGAACAGGCUGGGUGUACAGGAAUGUAGAGAAACCAGAGAGUGUAUCAGAUCAUAUGUACAGGAUGGCAGUCAUGGCUUUGGUAACUGAAGAUAAACAACUUAAUAAAGACAGAUGUGUACGGCUAGCUCUGGUUCACGAUAUGGCUGAAUGCAUUGUUGGAGAUAUAGCACCUGCAGAUAACAUCUCCAAAGAGGAGAAACAUCAGCGAGAGGAGGAGUCUGUCUUUCAGGCAGCUAUGAAACAUUUGACCCAGCUGCUAUCAGAAGGCCUGAGAAAAGAAAUCUAUGAACUCUGGGAAGAAUAUGAACACCAGUCUACAGCAGAAGCCAGAUUUGUAAAAGAGCUGGAUCAGUGUGAGAUGAUACUCCAAGCAUCUGAGUAUGAAGAGUUGGAAAAAAUGCCUGGAAGACUGCAGGACUUUUAUGAUUCAACUUCAGGAAAAUUUAAUCACCCAGAAGUAGUCCAACUUGUGUCUUCCAUUAAUACAGAAAGAAAUAAAAAAAUAGCUGCUACAGCAAGUGAGCCAUGCACUUGAUUGAUUUUAAAGCUUCUGUAGCUAAAAUAAAAUAUUUAUUUUGCUGCUACAGCAUCACUAA